GGGGCGGGGCUCCCGGGGCGGGGCCGCCUCCCGCAGGUCAGCUGAGCGGGCAGGGCGACCAAGUCCGGGAGCGGGGCAAGGCAGGCUGCCCUCUUCGCCCCGCGGGGACGCGCCGACAGGCCACACCAGAGGCGGGUGGCAUUAUUGGUGAAUCUUUUGUUUAUGACCUAGUGUGCAUCGUCCCAAUCAACCAUGGCGUACAAUGCAGGCAUCGCUGGAGACCCUAACCAGUUAGCACAACGCAUCACUUCAAAUAUCCAGAAAAUCACACAAUGCACUGCAGAAAUACAAAGAGUACUGAAUCAACUUGGAACGCCACAAGACACGCAUGAAUUGCGGCAACAGCUGCAGCAGAAGCAGCAGUAUACAAACCAACUUGCCAAAGAGACAGACAAAUACAUUAAGGAGUUUGGAUCUCUGCCUUCAAUAAGCGAGCAGCGUCAGAGAAAAAUACAGAAGGACCGACUUGUAAAUGAGUUCACUACAGCACUGACAAAUUUCCAGAGGGUCCAAAGACAAGCUGCUGAGAAAGAGAGAGAAUUUGUAGCCAGAGUGCGAGCCAGCUCUAGGGUAUCGGGUGGUGCCCCAGAGGAAAGCUACAAAGAAGGAACACUUGUGUCCUGGGACAGCCAGCCUCAGACCCAAGUACUAGAAGAAGAAAUCACAGAAGAUGACCUUCGUCUUAUUGAGGAGAGAGAGUCUGCCAUCAGGCAGCUUGAGGCAGACAUUUUGGAUAUUAAUGAAAUAUUUAAAGAUCUGGGGAUGAUGAUUCAUGAACAAGGAGAUGUGAUAGACAGCAUAGAAGCCAAUGUAGAAACAGCUGAAGUCCAUGUCCAGCAAGCAAAUCAGCAGUUGUCCAGAGCAGCAGACUACCAGCGCAAGUCCCGCAAGAAAUUGUGUAUCCUCAUUCUUGUGCUUGUUGCAGGAGCAACUAUCCUUGGCCUCAUCAUCUGGGGAGCAACAAAAUCAUGAUGUGCUAAAUUACGUAGUAGAGUUUCCAGUCAUGUCUCAUUGUGAAGCUGUUCAGUAAAUGAUGUGCCCAUCUUUAUCACUUCUGCUUUGUCACAAGAUGCAUUUUUAAUCCACGAGUGCUUCCCUCUCAGCUUGUGUAGUACGAUUAAUUUGAAUUCAUCGUGGCAAUGUAACUUGCCAUACUCGAUCUAGGUAUAGGCAACUUCUUAUAUGGUGCUUACUACUCUUCUCUUUACCUCCAGGUGUGGAUCUGUUGAUCAAGUAGGCCAGGCUUUCUCUCUCUCUCCCUCUCUCUCUCUCUCUCUCUCUCUCUCUCUCACACACACACACACACACACACACACACACACAAACAGAGUUGUCUUGCAAGGUCAUUCAGCUGAACCCUUUAGAGGCAUCAUAGAGGGGCUUGUGAGCAGGAUGCAAAUUGUCAAACACGCUGUUUGAUAUGUCAGCUUGACCCCCAACUUUAUAGGGCCAAGUUAAUUUACUGCAACAAUUCAUUCAUCAAUCACUUUCAAUGACUGUUAAUAUUAACCUGUAUCUCUGGACUAAGUGAAACAUUUCUCAUUUCUGAGAUCUCACACACACACACACAGUCCCAAGGAUUUCUUUCCAUAAACUAGUGGAAAUUUCUGUCCACUGACUGACUCUCUGCACAGUUCAAAUCUAAUAACUGGGUUACUGGAGGUUGGAGCCUUGCUUCUGUUGUUAUCUUUCUGACUUAAUCUUUCUGAAACUUUUUUGGAUUAAAUGUGCAGUUUCUGUUUUACAAAAGAACGGUAUCUUUCUCUUCAUAUUUUGAUAUUAAAAACCUGAUACUGGGUAUCAGCAAACUUGGCAAAGGCUAAUCUAGCAAAAAGGGUUUGAUAAUGGUAGGCUGUGUGUUUGUACUUAUCUUUAAAAGAUAAGUCUUUGGAAUACAUUUAAAAAUUAGCUAAGAUUUGCACCUUAAUUUAUGUACUUGUUAGGUAUCUGAAGUUUAAAGUAUAUGGGCGAAAUUAAUAUAUAUAGUGGCUUAGCUUCAAACUUGGCUCUCUGAUUUGAAUCUCCAAUAAUGUACACAUUCCUAACUAGAAAACUGUUUUUAGUUGGUUUGUGACUCAAGGCAACACAGCUGGAUUGGGGCAGUGGGGGAUUCACAAUCAUGGAUUUGUAUACUUGUGAACAUCUGGACAAGAUCCCCCACAGGACCAAAGCAGCUGAGAAGAAGGAAGCCAUUUGGAUUGGGAAUACAGCAUGGGGACAGGAUCAACCAUGUCCCAUUUCAUGGCCCCAAUCUGAAGGGAAAAGGGUUUGCCUCUGCAUUUACCCUUUAAAAACAACAACAGCUGAUCUGGUGAUGGAUAUCCUCACUAUCUUUACUACUUUGGUCUUCAUAUUCCUGUAUAUGAUGGUGACUAGUGAAAAUUCUGAGUUGUGUACUGCUUGAAUUCAGGGCUCUCAGGCCAAUAUAAACAUCAAACCUGGUGUUUUUGUUUUUAACAAAGUGACUGAUCCCUCAUUGUAUUAGUAAGUACUAGGAGUCCAGAACAGAGUUUGGAAAGUUUUGACUUCCAGAUGAUUAAGCUGAAUUUAAUUCUCUCAAGUCCUGAGGUUUUUUUUAUUAAAAAAACAACAACUUGAUUAUUAUUAUUUUUGGUUCCAUUUUGUAGUAACAUAUAUUGGAAAAGUUAUUCAUUGUUAUCUGCGAACUAAUCAGGUUAUUUUUUAAUAUAUUAUUGAAGUAAUUAAAAUGUAUUGCACAAAUAUUAUCUCUAGCUUAUACAUCUUUUGUAUGCAGUUUGAUAGAGAAGCAAUGUUUACAUGAUAAGCUCUGAGACUUGUGAUUUGGGGAAAACUGAAAGUAUCUACAAUCUAAAUUUGGAUUGCACCAUCUAAAUAAAGGCAGUUUUGAAAGUGAA